AGUGCGCGAGUUCUGGGGCCUUAUCAUCUGCGGCUGGACGAUCAUCUGCAGGUGGAAAAUCGCCAAGUGAGAACACGGAUGAUUUUCGCCUUUCACAAAUUACCGAGCUCUGGAACUGGUGCUUCCUCUUUUCGGACGAGGAUUACAUGCGGUUUUUCCUGCAACCCGGACUAUUUCUCACAACAACGCUAGCAGAUGAAUCGGG